AUGUCUGGAUCUGAGUGGGAAGUAGCAGCAGGUCAGAGGUACCGAGUGGGUUAUGCUCUCAAACCAAAGAAAGUGGAAAGCUUCGUCCAACGCUCCCUCCUCGAUUACGCCAAACAACGAGCCAUCGAUCUUGUCCAAAUCGACUUCUCCACACCCUUACAACAACAAGGUCCCUUCCACUGCAUCAUCCACAAAGUCCACACCCCAUGCUGGACCGAACACCUCCGACAAUUCUCAGCCACACACCCAGACACCAUAAUCAUCGACCCCCCCGAGUUGGUGCAUCGCCUCCACAAUCGAGUUUCAAUGCUCGAGGUAGUCACCGACUUACAAAUUCUCGAUAAUACCUCCGUUGGGGUUCCCCGCCAAGUGAUCGUAAUCAAACCCACCGAUUUCGACAAAAUAGAAGAACUGGGCCUGCGAUUCCCCCUGAUCUCAAAACCGCUGGCAGCUGACGGCGGCGCUGGCUCUCACGAUAUGUGCCUGGUCUUCGACCGCGACGGACUCAGGACGUUGAGCGUUCCCAGAGUGGUGCAAGAAUUCGUCAAUCAUGGUGGGGUUGUGUUCAAGAUUUACGUUGCUGGGCGGCGCGUGAAUUGCGUGAAGCGCAAGUCUGUCGGUGAUAUAUCAGAGGAGAGGCUGGGAACGUUAAAAGGGGCUCUGCCAUUUUCUCGUGUAUCGAACUCGGGCAAAGAUCAGGGUGACGCGGUCGAGAAAGCUGAAAUGCCGCCGCAGAGUUUGGUGGAUGAGUUAACGAAGGCGUUGAGGGAGACCUCGGGACUUCACCUAUUCAACGUUGAUCUGAUUAGAGAUGUUAAGGAACCGACAAGGUAUCUUAUUAUUGACAUCAAUUACUUUCCCGGGUAUGAGAAAUUGCCCUCUUAUGAGCCCUUUAUCACUGAUUUUUUGUUGGAUGUUGUGAGCGCCAAGGCUAAGUGA